AUGAGCUUCAGAAUGGACCAGAGUGAGCAUGUCAAGACCAUCGAGAAGGCAGUCGUGAGCCCGGAGCGAAAGAAGAACAAGGACGCCCCGACCACCGACAAGGAGAAGGGGCAGCUAAAGACAAUCCUGGGUGCCAUCGGCUGGCGCUCCGAGCAGUCAGGCCCCAUGCAUUCGGCGGACACAAGCCUGUUGCUAAGCGCGAUGCCGCCAUCCACCGUGCAGACCCUCCUGGACACUAACCGCCUGGUGGACAGGGCGCGGGAGGGAGCAGACCUCCCUGCGGUCAUCCACAGCCAUUCUAGCGCGCCGGUGAUCGUUCCCAUCGAGUGGUCAGAUUCCUCGGAAGCGAACCGCCCCGACGGAAAAUCCACCAAGGGACUUGUCACAGGGAUGGCCCCACUACGCAUCUUGCAGGGAGAUGAGCCAGACGUGAGCAUGAUAUCAUGGAAGUCAGGAAAGAUUGACCGAGGGUGCCGGAGCUCAGUAUCAUGUGAGACCCGAUCAGCUGUGGACGGUGAGGACGAACUGUUCGGGGUCGAGCUCCAGUGGGUGGAGAUCCUCGGCAAGCAGAUCGACUGGCGCAACCCGGAAGGGAAACUCAGCCAGUUACCCGCCGCCCUCGCGGUGCACUCCAUGGGUCUCUACGACAAGCUGCAGACCACAGUGUGCACAAUCCGCGGCAAGGAGAAAAGGACUGACGUGGAGGCCAUGACCCUGAAGGAGGGAUCGACGGCGUCCAGCAAUUGGGUGCUGUGGGUGCACGGAGACGCUCAGCUGGCGAACUCUUUGGCGAAAGGGCACGAGUUUGGUCAGCUGAGGAUGUAUUGCAACAGUGGCCACAGGUGGAAGUUGGUCUAUGACGCCAAGUACCAGAGCGCUAAGAAGCGGAAGGCCGCGGGGGCCCUUCCGUUCGAGAGCGCCCCCCUUGGAGGACUGCGCCAUGAAGAUGCGGGAGAGGGUGCCACGUACGCUGCAGCAGGGGCCGCGUUCGUCAAAGCAGCGACCACAUUUCCAGACGUCGUUGAAAUCAUGAAGGAUCUUGCUGGGGAGAAGCUCACCUUCAGCACGUCGUGCUCUGGAAUUGGUGCACCCAUGGUCGCCUCGAGGUGCAUAGCAAAGCUUCUGAAGUUCAGACCCAUCGAGCUCUUCGCAGUGGAGAAAGACUCGCACCGUGUCGAGGUCGUGAAGCAGAGGGCGCAGGGCAUCAUGACCGACGACCCCGGGUCCUUCGAGGCAGCCCUGACGAAGGUCGAGCUCGAGAGGCUUGCCAACUACCUCGAAUGGAAGCCAGGGUCUUGCUACGACCUCGGCCAGAACUUAGAGGACGCGCGGGCGCGGCGCCUGGUGACGCUGCAGACCCGCAAGGCCGUCGAGGCCUUCAAGGGCCCGUUCGACGGCCACGCGCGCGUGCACGGGCGCAGGGGGCUGCGCGUCGGGGACCUGGCCGCGUCGGUGCCCGAGCUCACUGGCAAGGCCUCGGCGCGCCGCCGCCACCCCUGGGACUGGGCGAUCGGCCUCUGCCAGGAUCGCCUGGGGGCAACAUGGGGGUAA